AUGGAGCACUGGACCGUUCGUAAAAGAUUAGUUGCUCAUGAUAAUGACGUGCAAGAUAUCUGCUGGUCUCCUGAUGGAUCCCUUCUAAUCACUGUAGGCUUGGAUAGAUCGAUCAUCAUAUGGAGCGGAACUACCUUUGAACGUAUCAAACGGUACGAUAUCCACCAGUCGAUGGUGAAAGGUGUUGUUUUUGACCCUGCAAACAAGUUUUUCGCCACUGCGUCCGAUGAUCGUACUGUUCGUAUCUUCAGAUUUUACCGAAAGCAUGACGGACUGGGUAGUUACGAGUUCCAAAUGGAGCUGGUCGUCUUCGAGCCUUUCCUGAAGCUGCCGCUCACAUCCUAUUUCCGUAGAAUGUCGUGGUCUCCGGAUGGUCAACACAUCGCUAUACCCAACGCUACAAAUGGACCAGUCACCUCAAUCGUUGUUGUCAAUCGAGGAAACUGGGCUUCAGAUGUUUCACUUAUUGGCCACGAAGCUCCAUGUGAGGUGUGUGCCUUCUCCCCUCGUUUAUUUCGCAUCAAAGAUUCUAAAGAUUACACAACUAUUCUCGCAUCGGCAGGACAGGACAGAACGCUUGCCAUUUGGAGUACCGCCCUCCUGAAACCACUCGUUGUGCUCCACGACGUUACCGCCCGCCCGAUCACAGACAUGUGCUGGACCCCAGACGGCCAGACUAUCUUCUUGAGCUCUCUUGAUGGACUGAUCACCUGUGUAACCUUUGAUGAGAACGAGCUUGGUCAGAUUGUCAGCGAAGAAGCUAUCGAUACCCAACUUCUCAAAUUUGGCGGUGAUCAAGACUCCAAGAUAAUGCCUGAGGGAGUAAGCCAACUUCGUUUGGAAGCACUUGCAAAAGAUCUCGAUAAAAGCCCCCAAUUGAGUCAGGAACCCCAAGUCAAAGCAGACUUACAGCCUCCAAAGCCUGUUCAACCUAUUCAAGAUACGGUCUUAACUCAACCACCAUUGUCAGUAGCUCCAACUACCAAGAAAAGUGAGAAAUUAACCCUUAAUACACCAACAAUCAAGGGAGGAAAGAAAAGAGUAGCUCCAACUCUUGUUUCGAAAUACACUCCGCUGCUGGCAGCUGCUUCCAAGAUUGUUAAAGUAAAGAGAUUUGAUAUCUCUUCUAAGUUGUCGCAAACUUCUUACCUUUUGCCUCGUCUAGGAGUGCAAGCUGCUGUUCAUGGCUUGUCUCUGCGCUCAAUGUCUCACACAGAUAAAGACAAAAAAGGCGAUGAUAUUGACAAUGACAACGAAGAUAUGGGCUUGGAUGACACUUCCGCUCAAUUACAGGGACAGUCUAGCGUGGGAACGAAAACUAAAUUCAAAAAGUACAGGAAAUACUUGAUGCUGUACAAAUACCCAACACCCUUCAAAUUGAUAUCCUCCCUUCCGGAUGUGUUUUUCAGCAACCAAGCUGUUAUGAACCUUGAGCUCUCUCACCUUCUACUGAACAAAGAACUUCUUAGACAAAACAACGAGCUAGUUAACACAUCAACUUUGGACUCUAUUGAUGAGAAUAUCUACUUUCAAGUCAUUGCCAAUGCUAUUGAGCACAUAAAACGUCCCAAUGAGAUUAUUGAGAACUCUACCGACGAAACCAAGAAGGUAAUCUCAACCAUAGAAGUUCGCAAUGGACUAAUGUGGUCAGAGAUCGAUGAUGUUGCAUUGCCUGACUUUGCACAGCGUUUAGACUUCCAGGAUCCAACCCAAGUUUCUAUCACAAGUAGCGACAAUGGUGAUUAUAAGAGUUAUAUUCUCUAUUUUCCAUACCGCAUUCAACAAGUUAUUCCAAUAUUGAACGAAGGAAUCUUGUCGCACUAUGUCUUCGUUUCCUUUGAUGGCACUAUUCAAGUUGUUCGUGCAGACACAGGGACCUAUGCUAGUCCAGGACUUGAGCUUGGAAGUAAUGUAGUAGCAUGGAGACAAAAAAAUCGAACGCUUCUUCUUUUGACCAGCUCUGGGUUGUUGUACUGCUGGAAAUUUGCUUCCUCUUGGUCUAUAAAUGGUGAUCUUUCUAAAGUGGUCAGCGGUGUUUCAAUCGCCCCGGUUUUGAACGCAGAGACAUUGAUAGCUCCGAAAGUACCUAGACCCAGCACUGGUACUGAAAGCGAGAAGUCUCUGGACAAGGAGAAAGAUAAAGAGGACAAAAGUGAGAAGGUCGAGAAGAAGUCUGUAUCUGAUGAGAAACAAAACUCUAUCAAUGAGGCUAUCAUCGACAAAAUUAAAGCAAUUGACAUUGACGGCGAGUCUGGAACUCCAUUGGUUGUCAUUGAGAGAACAAAUGCUGUAUACUCCUACUCUGUUGAUCUACAGGCGUGGACCAAGGUGAUUGAUCCUUGGUACUUCAGCGGUGUAGAGGCCGAUCGCUCGGCAAUCUCAGAUGUAAGCAUCGAGAAACAGGUUCUUUUGAUGAAUAGUUACAGAGAUGAUAAGGAGAGAGUAGACCGGGGAGAAAAGGGAAGGUACGUGUUUAAUGCCGACAAUGAUGAGCUCAAGGUGUGCAUGCAAAAGCGCUUCUACGAGCAACUAGCUCUUUACUAA